AUGAAGAUGGAUGGAACCAGCGAUACACAGUCCGACAAGCCUAGAAGUUCAGAACAUCCACCACCCUACCAACCAGCCUCGCAAGCUGCAUUUCCCACUCGCCCAAACAGUGAAGCUUCCUUGACUGAGAACCCGACUCAGCCAACUUCCGUUUCCCAGGAUUCAGACAGUUCAGCCAGUAGGGGAAGGGGGGUCCUAGUGUUUGUCGAAGGCGUUAUUCAAGACAAGAAAUCCAAACUUGUGAGCGCAAACAUCUUUUACCAUCAGGACUCAGCGCAACUGUACUCGUAUGGCAAGUACAUCGACGGCGAGUACACCUCGAACCAAGGCGAUCUACAUGUUGCAUGUAUCGACUCAGGAGUUGGGUAUCAAGAAUUAUCCCAUUAUUUAAUCAGCGGUAUUGUGAGGAACGAGCCAAAUUACAUCUCUGCAAAGGAGUGGAGAAAACUACCAAUUGACGUGGUGAAGAUCAUGGUGCUUUGGGAUGGUAUGAAAUGCAGCUAUUCCGAUGAAAACUGUACAACUACAAUGACGCUCAAGACAGAUGGUCAAACAAGAACGGUGUUGGCGAAGAUGAAGGAAAGGGGCUGGAAAGAUAGAUUUCAGGUUCAAUUCAGGAUUGUAGCGUGA